CCCACCACCACUAGAGGUUUUCUUCCGACUCGGACGGUAGGAAAGUUUCCGCGUUGCACAAUGCAGACAUGACCGACCACAAGACCUCUCGUUCAAGAUCCAAAGCCGCCUGUCAGUUUUGUCGCGCGCGCAAACUCAAGUGCGACAACCUCGAGCCAACGUGCAGCGCUUGCAAGGCGAGAAAUAUCCGGUGUGAAUACGUGAUCCGAGCGCCGGCGCCGAGGCCCAGCAAUGCCGCCAUACAUGCGCUGCAGAACGAGGUCGCGAGAUUGCGGCGGUUGUUGGAGCAGGCGAACGUAAAAAUCGAGGACGGUUUCGAUCAUGACGGCGACGCCGGAACCGUCGAUGGAAGUCCGCGGCCGUCAUCGAGUUCACAUGCCCAGGCUUUGACGAGCCCGGUCUACAGUGACACCACACAUAGUGUGCGAAGGCCAAGCGAAGCGGAGCAAAUGUUCGAUCCACAGCUUCAGAGUAUGGAUGGAAGUGGACGUAUAAAGCAGUCAGCCUAUACCCAUCAUUAUCCGCCAGAUCAUUCGAGUCCGCGAUGGCAGGAGUCCAGACACAUAGAUCCCGUUACUUCAAACUUAGACGAAACUACAAAGAGUGCUCUGCGAUCCCAGCUGGUUGCAUUUUCAGCAAGACAACGCCAAAUUGAAGCGCUGCCUCUAAGUAGUCAGUCCUACGACUAUGAUGGCUGGGAUGCUGAUCUGGUUAAUCAUCUGUUGAACAUCCAUUGGAACCGCCAGCACCAUAACCUACUUAUUAUCUACCGACCACUGUUCAUGCGCGACUGGGCAAGCGGGGGCCCUUACUUCUCGAAGCUUCUUCUGAACGCUAUCUUGUUUGCAUCUGCGAAGUUUUCUCCUCGAGACGAGCUCCGGAAGUCUCCGGAGCUCGCCCACACAGCUGGCUUCGCAUUUCGGGAGCGUUUUAAAACCCUGCUGGGAGCGGAAAUGGACGACAGCAAAAUCACGACAAUCCAAGCAUUAAUUACCCUUGCGAGCAGUCUGUUUGCAAUUGAGACAUCUGCGAAGUCAACGGCUUGGCUUUAUUCUGGGAUUGCAUUCCGGAUGAUCAUUGAUUUGGGCCUCAACGUGGAUGGUGUUGAGCUUUUGAAGCACAACAAGAUUUCUCCGGAGGAACUUGAAUGCAGGCGCCGAGUGUUCUGGGGGGCGUUUGUGUUUGACAAGAUCCACUCGAUGUAUUAUGGACGACCAGUGACUCUGCAGGAAUCUAGCGUGCAAGUGCCGAUUGAGUUUCUGGAUGAUUAUGAGGAGUUAGAGCAAUGGUAUCCGCUAGAGGCGUUAAAUACCGUUAGUGCUGACUACCCGCUGCCUUCGCAUCGCGGCGGACCGUCGUACAGCGUUACUACAUUCUCCGCGCACUGCAGAAUCAGCGUAAUAUUGGGCCGCAUUUUAACGGAGUUCUAUGCUGAAAAUGUGUAUUGCCACCGAGCACACGUGGCAACGACUCAGCAACCUAAUCAAGUUCAUACGAUGGAGGUGUUGGAUGAGUUGCUUGCACGAUUUAACAAUGAAUUGAAGGAUGAAAUACGUUACGAGCCUUGGGCGACGGGUGAGCCAGUAAAUCUCAACACAGUCCCUACCCCGACCGUUUUGAGCAUGCUCUGCAUGUAUCACCUUUGUGUGAUCCUUUUGCAUCGCCCAUUUUUCACAAGAGGUCAUCUUUACGAUGAAAACGAAGCCCCGCAGUCAUUGAUGAAGUGUGCCGUGACUGCGAUGCGUGUCUCUCACCUUGUCACGAUAUAUAAGCACGCUUUCACUGGACGAAGGAUGCCAUACUUUAUCGCGUAUUCUUCCUACGUCGCUGUUGCGAUUCUGAUGCGUAUCAAUGCAUUCCUCGAAGCAGGCAGCAAUGUCCAUAAAUGUCUGCAGCACGGACUUAACGUGCUUGCUGAUAGUGAGCGCGUUAACGCUGGGCUCAAGCGUGCUGGUUAUGUUAUUAGCAAGCUCUUGUUUGCUGUCGCACGAACAGGGCCUAAUCCUUUUCCACCCAGCGACACUAUGCCUCCACCUUGGGGCGAAGUCCUCACAGACAAUGUUCACCUAGACCAAAACAUCAUACCAAAAAUCAUUGCCACCUUUUCCGCAACUUCACCUGAUGCAGCGGCGGAACAAAGUCAGCUCGAGGUUCACCCGAAUGAGCCUGGUCUAGGUGGUCACAGACAGGACAGUGCGGCGAGUGGUAAAGGCUCAUGGGAUAUCGAUUCCGACGGCACGGCUGCACAGCUACUGACAUCGAUGCGCACCAACACUCCGGCUCAUUCGGCGGUUGCUACACCCAAACCUCAUCCGCUUCCAUUACCAGAGACACCUGCUCCUUUCCCUGAUAUCGUGUUCGGGCUUCACAGCGACGAGGCUUUCCUGCAAUCCUGGCCGGACUUUAACAGUGAUCUCGAAGCAAUGCUUUGGAUGCCUGGAUUAAUCACAAAUGGGCCGCCUCCAGCUUCGUAAGGGAACACGCAUUUCAGGUAUACUACGUUCUUAAGAUACAAGACAUCAAGAGGUUAUCCCAAUCUUACAUCUUCACGGGGAAAAAAAAAAGUUACGCCGCCUUGAUCAUCGGUGGUCUAACAUACUUCAUGCCAGUCACAAUGUCACCAAACUUCGCUUGGUAGAGAUCGUACAUAUAAGUCGACCUUCCUGCCCACUGUGGGUGCUUGCCGGUCUUGGGGAACGCCUUCUUCCCGAGGGUAACAUAUGUGCUGGUAAGCUUGAAAAAAGAAGGGCCUUCAGCAGGCUCUUUCCCUUUCUCUAUCGUGGGCACAACGGAGGACACGCCUUGCCUCUCCAUUCUUUUAACGAUACGAACGAACAUCUGAGCGGCGGUAUCGGCGCCCAACGUCCAUGCAGCAUCAACAUAGCCAAUUCCGUAUGCGGCAUUUGGCAAAUCUUGGAACAUCAUGUUCUUCCAGAUGAACUUGUCAUUGUUAAUCUUAUAUGGAUUGCCAUCGACCGUUAUGUCAAUGUUUCCGCCGAACUGUAUUUUCAAGCCAGUGGCUUGCACCUGAAUCGUCGGUCAGCAUUGUUGGUUCAAGUUUUGGGGGAAAAGAGUUUGUACUAACAAUGAUGUCUGGCUUCAAGACCUGGCCGUCCGUCAACCUGAUCGAGUCCUCUGUCACCUGCUCGAUGACGCCUGUGACAACGCUCGCUUUCUUUUGGCGCACAGCUUCGAAGAAAUCGCUAUUUGGGCAAAAACACAUUCUCUGCUCCCACGGCGCAUACCUUGGCUUGAAAUGUGGAUCAUGACUGACUUCGGGCGGGAGCUCAGCGACUGUGAGGGUGCGCAGAAGCUUGGUCAUGUAAUUCGGGAAGAAUUUGCACAUCUUGACCAUAAAGAAGCCAAACCACAGCCACUUCCAACGAAUAACAGUGUGUGCCCACGUUUUGGGUAGCCAUCUGCGGAUGAAUACCUCGACGCUGUCUUCGCUAGCUGCGCUCAAGAGAUAGUUCGGCGAGCGUUGCAGCAUGAUGACAUGCUUUGCCUUUUCUGCCAUUGCGGGAACGACGGUGACAGCGGUAGCACCUGACCCUAUAACGACGACGUUUUUGUCUGUGUAGUCUAGCGUCGGAUCGUAGAACUGUGCUUGCACCAAUGGCCCCUUGAAGUUCUCGAUGCCUGGGAUGUAAGUCUUCAGGGGCUCCUUGUAGUCCUGUUCGUUGUCAAGUUAGUAGCUUCUCAAUGUGUGGGAGGGAUAGUGGCUUUCGCAAUGUCAAAACCUACAUAAUAUCCCGCACCAAACAACAAGAAUCGAGACUUAAACGCAG